AUGCCUACCACACCAAUCGUAAGUUACGUCGAUUCCUUCCUCGCUAAAGGCAUCGCCGCAGCCCCCAAACACCGCACCACUCCGGAGAGUUUUGAGCAAGGUUACCGGAGCCUUGCAGUCGAGGCCAACCUCCUUAGUGGGCUCUAUUGGUUGGUCUCCACCAAGCAGCUAGUGUCAGGGUAUGUCCCUUCAAGAGAUGAUCCUCUUCGGAUGGUGGUGGAGAAGCUACUGGGAAAGUGUAGUCGGAGUGGUGGUUUUGCAGCAUCCCCGAGCACUGCAUCCCCUAAUGUUAUUGCUACGACGUCGGCCUUGCAGUUGGCGACUAUUUUCGCCGUUGAUUUAUCGCAUCAGCGAGAAGAGAUAGUUGGGUGGCUACGCGCCCUUGUAUCGUCCGAAGAUGGUUUAGUGCGUAGUGGUGCUGCUUUCAACGAGGUCGCUGGGGACAUACGGUUUGCCUACUGUGUGGUCCUCAGCCUGGAUCUGUUGGAUUACCGAUUAUCAGGCGCUGAAAGUGAGAGGGUAGGCCGGUGGAUACGUCGGUGUCAGGCAGCCGAGGGUGGCUUUGGUCAGAGGCCAGGCUGUGAGGCUCAUGCGGGGCACACCUUCUGUGCAGUGGCAGCUUUGAAGUUACUUGGAAUGAACGACGACUAUGAUGUGGAAGCUUGUGUGAAGUGGCUCAAACGGAGGGUCCUCCUGCCGGACUGUAAGGGUUGCAAUGGUCGACCGGGCAAGCCGGCGGACUCCUGCUACGUGUUUUGGGUGAUGGGGGCGUUGCAUAUGUUGGGAGAAGUGCCAACUAGCAGUGACUGGCUCGACACUGAUGGUCUUGAGGAGUUCAUAAGGUUGUGUUACGAUGAGGAAGUGGGAGGUCUGUCGCCCAAUCCGGACUGCCCAGCCGAUCCGUUCCAUACCUUUUUCGGUUUGGCGGGGUUAUCGAUAGCUCUUGGAGGGGGGAAAGUUACUCUCGGUGGUUGCGAGAUCGAGCUCCGCAAGAUGUUGGUUGAAAGGGCCUUAGUGGAAGUGGCUGCUAGCAAAUGA